CCGCUGUCACUCGCGAUUUCUAGUUUUUUAACGUAAACAGAGUCUUUCGUCGUUCAAACGGCCUCAGAUAUCGGCGGCAUUUUUCCAAUUUGAAUUGCUCACGCUUCUGGAGUCUAUUGACGCGUUUGCCAUGGAGCGUCCGGCGAUCGUGCCGGCGUAAAUCGACGAACGAGAGGUCGUAACAUUGCGGAAAUCAAGAUAUGCGUAGCUUUCGCUCGAAAGAACGGUCAGUUACAUCGAAGCAACAGAUUGCUAUGUAAAGAAGGAAGGCCGAUUAACCAAGCUUAAACUAUGUCUGCAGUUCUCGUACGUAAAGGAAAGUAAAGAUGACACAGUAAUGGGUGCAAGUGAAUGUAUACUGCAUUAAUGUAAUUAAGUGAAAUUAUCAAGCACUGAAUUGUAGGUUUAAUCUGUAACAACUAGGGGACAUUUGCAAGUGUGUUAUAGAUUUUUAAUGGAAACACUGGUUGUUCUCCACUCAGUAGUAUUAAAUUCAGAGGGGGUGGUAAGUGAUCCUGAAAGUUUUUCUGGGAGACAUUAUUUCACUUGAUUGUACAGGGGUGUUGGUUGCACUGAAAUUCAUUAGACGAAAGAAAAGUGAACCGUCGAGCGAGAAUUUUUGUAAUAGCCACCUCAGGGCAGAAUGGUUCACGUGGACGGAUAUCACUUUGCAUCCGGCGGCUUGCCGAAAAGCCCGAGCUUCCAUCAGGGGCUCGCCUUAGCCACAGUCCUUUCCCGGGAACCGAAUAAGACUUAUCUAUCCAACUUUACUACGCAUUAUCAACCGCUACGACCCCUAUUAAUCGAAACGCAACAAGGGAACGAGCGGGAGGAACUUUUUAUACAAAAACUGCGACAAUGUUGCGUCCUCUUUGAUUUUGAGUCUGAUCCCUUAUCGGACUUAAAAUGGAAGGAAGUGAAACGAACCGCCUUGUACGAGAUGGUGGAGUACGUUACCAAGAACAAAAACGUUAUCACCGAGGCUAUAUACCCCGAAGCGGUGAACAUGUUUGCAGUGAACCUCUUUCGUACACUUCCUCCGUCAUCGAAUCCAAACGGCGCCGAGUUCGACCCAGAAGAAGAUGAGCCAACUCUGGAGGCAGCUUGGCCACAUUUGCAGCUGGUUUAUGAGUUUUUCCUUCGACUACUUGAAUCUCAAGAUUUUCAACCUUCUAUCGCAAGACGUUACAUAGAUCAGAAGUUCGUCCUGCAGCUUCUAGAGCUGUUCGACUCAGAAGAUCCUCGAGAACGGGAUUUCUUGAAGACAACACUUCACAGGAUUUAUGGAAAGUUCUUAGGGCUUAGGGCGUAUAUCAGAAAGCAAAUAAACAAUGUUUUUUACCGAUUUAUAUAUGAAACCGAGCAUCACAAUGGUAUUGCCGAACUCUUGGAGAUCCUGGGAAGCAUAAUCAACGGCUUCGCUUUGCCGCUGAAGGAGGAACACAAAAUUUUUCUAUUAAAGGUGCUUCUACCUUUGCACAAAGCUAAAUCAUUAUCCGUUUAUCAUCCGCAAUUAGCGUAUUGCGUUGUUCAAUUUCUGGAGAAAGACCCAUCGUUGACUGAGCCUGUUAUCAGAAGUUUACUGAAAUUCUGGCCAAAAACACAUUCCCCGAAAGAGGUGAUGUUCUUGAACGAACUCGAGGAGAUCCUGGAUGUGAUCGAACCUGCCGAAUUCCAAAAAGUUAUGGACCCAUUGUUCAGACAAUUAGCGAAAUGCGUUUCCUCUCCACAUUUUCAGGUGGCUGAAAGAGCUCUUUACUAUUGGAACAACGAAUAUAUAAUGUCUUUGAUAUCAGACAAUUAUUCGGUGAUAUUACCCAUCAUGUAUCCAGCAUUCUACAGAAACUCUCGAAAUCACUGGAACAAGACCAUUCAUGGUUUGAUUUAUAACGCGUUGAAACUCUUCAUGGAGAUGAACCACAAAAUGUUCGACGAAUGUACUCAACAGUAUUAUCAAGAUCGUCAGAGGGAAAGAAAGCUUAUGAAAGAUAGGGACGAAGCAUGGAUGCGCGUGGAAGCAUUAGCGAUGAGACAUCCGAAUUAUAAUGUGGCUGUCAAAGGGUUAACAAAUACCGCUGCCAACACCACGAUAUCACAGCAACAGCUAGAUAGUCCUCCGCCUGACGAAGAUGGCGAUACGGAUCAAACACCACUCACUUUAGAGAAGAUAGAGGCAAAGGCGAACGAGGCAAAGAAGAUGACGAAUUCUAAUAAAAGUAAGCCACUUCUGCGAAGAAAAAGCGACUUACCACAAGAUACGUACACAAUGCGGGCAUUGUCCGAUCACAAACGUGCAGAUGAGUACCUUGUUACGCCACCGGAUCCCAAUAAUUGAUAGUCUCUACCGCAGUCUCUUCCCAUGUAUCCUCUCUUCUGCUGCAGUGAUAUUGGGGGUUAGCUUUUUCGAAAAGAAAACAAAACAUGAUGACGAUCCCGAUUGGAUUCGAUCGUACGUCCGAAGUUGUAUCGUAUAGAGGCCAGACACUGUCAUAUUAUUCCCCUUGUAUCGAAACUGUCGAGAUGUAUGCUAAUUGUCUCUUUUUCUUUAUGGUAACAAGAUAAAAAAAAAAGCUUUCUCUCAUUGCACCCAGCACUUUUGGAAGAUGUAAUUGUGUCUGUAGUAAUCUACAAGAUGAAAAAGAUAAAAAAGCUGAUAAACUUCCUAUAUACUCUUUGAAACGAUUUGCGUGAGGAGUCGCGAGAAUGCUGCAAAUGUCAACGCGUACUCGCUAUAAGAGGAAAAAAAAACACACACAUCGUGAGACACGAAAAAAACCUAGCGAAUAAGGGUCCUAAGUUUGUACGCAUAUACAGAGUAUUUUAUAAAUUGUAGAUUUCUUACGUAUGGGGAAGUCUAUCGCUGACAAUAAGGCAGUCUUCACAAAUAACCAUCGUCUUUGUGAUCGAAUGAAGACGAUCGAGAUUUACCGUCAAUCUAUUUAUAAGGAAUUGUGUUCCAAAGUUGUCUUGCAAUUAGCGGGGGAUUUUCUUCAUAUUAUAGGAAUUUAUAGUUUAUCGAACACCCUAUAUAUAUACUCUAAAUAAACAAAGAAAAAACAAGAAAAAAGAAUUUUAGUAUGCAAGUUUUGAGGCGCUACAUUUUCUGAGCGAGGUUUCCACUGAUACGCGAAAACGAAGAAAAAUGGCAGACAUUAAGUAACAAGUGAUACAUAGUUGCUUCAACGCUAACAGCUCGUAAUUUAGCAGCGGAAUGAGCCAAAUAUAAAUAGAAAAUACACAGAAAAAAAUUGAAAAAAGACAGAAACGAGACAUCGUUUUUUAGAGUUAGAUGAACGUGAUAGCACUAUUUUAGAAUAUCGAUUGUUAUGAAUCUGAGUAUUCCUGAACGUACUACUUUUAUAUCUGUCGUGCCUAGAUGCCUGUGGAACGCAUUCGCAAGAAUCGCCUCUACCAGAGGCCUAUAAUUAAGAGUCGUUAAUGAAGAAAAAAAAGGGAGAGAGAAAGAGAAAGAGAAAGAGAGAGAAAGCAACGAGUUGAAAACGUGACGUUACCGAAACGGUACAAUUGACACCACAAACCUUUUCCAAGAACGCUUGCAUGAUCCGUUACGUCGUUGCCUCGUCAGUCUCGCGAAUAAUCGGAGAAAAAGAAGAAAAGAAAUUAUAAUUACUAUUUCGUCACUAAUAUAAAAUGAAAAGAGCAGAACAAAAACGAUAAAGAACGAAACUGAAAGAUUAAAGAAGCGAGGAAGUUAAAAAGAAAAAGAAAAAGGCGAAUCUAAGUAAAAUAGGACUAUCUUUAAUCUUUUGCGCUGCUGGCAGGCUGUUAUGUUAAACAUUGUGUAAAGGAUGAACUUGUUGAGAAUAGAUAAACGAUUAGCACGUACUAUUAAAAUAACGAAAAUUGAAACCAAAUGAGAUAAAUAUUAAAAAAAAAACAAAACUAUUUACUAUUUAAUCGUCCCUGAGGAAGGAGAAACGCUGUUUUUGUUACGAGAAACCAUUGAUGAUACUGAAUAUUCUUGUCGAUGAUAAUAAUUUUUAUUACGGAGCUCGGUGUAAUCUCGAUGAAAUUCCCCUCGAAACGAAUCGCUGUAUCUUAAGAAGCAUUUAGUAAUAAAAGUAUUUUUAGUAAAAACAUUUACACUCGAAUAUAGGUUAUAAUUUCGAAUCACCCGCCGAAUAUUCCUUUUCUUGUCGGUAAAAUUUCACGAAAUUAUGAUAUGACUCAUCGGGAUUACAUUGGCCUCUUCGAAUCGUUAAAAAGAAUCGAAACCGAGUAGCUAGUAACGUAUACUUUGAACAGUGUCUACUAUCGUUCAUUUUUUUUAACACGUAUCACACGAUAUUUUACGAAAUUCGUCGAAUUCCACGCUAAUCAAAAGGGACAGUUCAUUAAACUUGACGUGCUUGAAGCAUCUAAAGACUGUUACUUGCCUAGCAUCGGGCGAGUGCGUACUAUUUGCUCCUCGAAUUUUCAUUUUGCAUAAAUAGCGUCGGACUUGUAUUAUACGAAAUGUACAAUGUCGUUUACUUUCGUCCGUAAACAUUGUUACCUCAAAUUAAAAAGAGGAUGAACUAAGAAACAGACGAGUGUAACCAUUUCUAAGGGGGAGCAAAGAUAUCAAUAGGAACAAAAUUACUAGACAGCUUGAAAAUAUUACGGAAAAUCUCUGUUCUCCCUUAUGUAAAGUUUACUGGAUCAUUGUAGAUCAUGAAAGAAGAGAAGUGUUAAAUAAGAGAUGUCCGCGUGUACAGUGAUUUGCUUCAAACCUAGAAAUACUAAUUAUUACGGAACACGAAGCUGUGUAUCAAUGUUGGAUCGCAACAAUUUUUUUCAUAACGAUCGCCUAUCCGGCCGAUUCGAAUCCAUGCAUGCAUAAUAUUACUUUAUGAUUUGUUGGAAGCAAGAAGGGAUACCCAUUAGAGUACAUACUAAAAGCGCUUUGUAAAUUUGAGUAUUAAAAGAAUAGAUAGACCCAGAGGACAAGUCCAAGUCGGUAACGAACAAAUUUAUAGCUUUGCGUAUCCGAUUAACAGGGUCAGAGAAAGAGGAGUUUCAAGUGUAUCUCGUUAACGGAAUGGAUUGUGAAAAUCUUGAUUAGGUUCGCUUGCUCGAGGAGCUGAGGUACACUGAUGGGGAGAACCACUGUUAAUCUGAAAAAGAAACAGCAGCUCAAAGGAAAUUUUAUGAGACUCCUAAGAUCUAAAGUUAAGCCUAACCACGAUAGGAAGUUGUUCGCACCAGUAAUGAAGGUAACCAAAUUGCGUUUACUGUUUGCCUUAGCGACAGAAAGGAAAAUGGGCAUAUACCACUUCGAUGCAAACACGACAUUCGUUAAGGAAGACGAUCUACAUGACAACUUGAAGGGUACGUAGAUGAAGGAAAGAAAGAAUACGCCUGCAAACUGAUAAAAAGACCUCUACGAAUUCAAAGAAUCUGCCAAGAUAUUGGAACGAGGGAUUACAUAGAUUGAUUGUAAGGUUAGGUUUUAGGCAAAGUACAGCGGAUCCUCGUCUGUAUAUUAAAAUGACUCAAAAAAUAUGCAAUAUAUAACAAUUUACAGUUUACGUAUCGACAAAUGAAAAUAUACUGAUUGUCUAACUGAUACUGCCUUAUAAAAUAUUAAAGCGAAAAUUCAAAUAUAUGGGUUAACUCAAUCAAAUUACCAUAUAGCCCCUAAAAUUCGACAUACUGCGUUAACACUCCGUGUUACGACUUGGUCACCUAAUUAGUCAUUCUUUUGUUCUAGUUAGUGUAGUCGGCAGUCGUUUUUUCGCUUCGACCACGUAGAAUACAGUUUCUAUGA